UGUUGCAGUAGAUGAUGAUGAGAUGGUAUGUGGGGAGGUCCCUGCGUACAAAGAGAGGGUGGAUUCCCUUGCAGCGCGCCCAGGGUAUGGAUCAGCCGGAAAAAAGUUGUCCAUCUUUACAAACUAUUUCGGGGUAUCUGUGAAUUGCCCUGCAAUCUAUCUGUACAAAGUUUCCAUCCACCCUGAGCCAAAAUUAGGAGUUACUAAAAAAGCUGUGCUUUCAGAGAUUGUUAAAUUGCAUGGAGAAAGAGUUUUCAGAAACAAGAUACCUGUUUUUGAUACUAGAAAAAGCUUGUAUACUGCACAUGCACUCCCUAUUGUGUCAGAAACAUUUGUGAUCAAACUUGAUGAUGAUGAAGACAAAACAAGGACAAAAGGAGUUCAUGAGGUCACAAUUCAGUUUUAUAAAAGGAUAGACUUACAAGAUCUACAAAGCUACCAUACUAGAAGGAAUGCCUCCCAAGGUGCUAUACAGGCGAUUGACGCUGUUGUUAGAGUGCUGCUUUCUAGUUGUCUCAGUGCUCCUGGGACGAUCUUUUCGACUAAGUUUGGUCCCAUAAUAGACACCCAGGAGGGAUUGGAGUUUUGGAGAGGGUGCUACAAGGGUGUGCGCUUGUCACAGUUUGGUCCUGGUCUAAAUAUAGAUAUACCAGCAGCACCAUUUUAUAAACCUCUUCCAGUGGUGGAAUUUGUGGCUGAGCUUUUGAAUAGAACUGAUGUCAACCAACUAUUUUCUACAGAGGAAUAUGACAAGGUAGAGAAAGCACUGCAGGGUGUUUUUGUUGAAACCACCCAUCGAACAGACAAAACCAUAAGAUACAAGAUUAAAGGGCUUUCUGUCGUUCCCUUGGAAGACCUCAUGUUUGCUGAGGGCGCUAAAGAAAAUUUUACUACAACUGUGGUUGAUUAUUUUCAGAAGCGUUACAAAUACAAAUUGAAGUACAUUUAUUGGCCAUGUUUGCAGUGUGGAAGCUCUCGUGAUAUUUUCUUACCCAUGGAGGUUUGCAAGAUUUUACCAGGGCAAAGGUACUGUCGGAAGCUUACUACGAGACAGGCAGCUAAGCUAUUGAAGGCAACUUGUGAACGGCCCCAUAUUAGGAAGAUCGCAAUUAUGAAGGUUCGCAACAACUGUAACGUUGAGAGGUGUGUGGAGGAGUUUGGAAUUAGAGUUAAUGGUCUUCCUGCCAUUGUGUGUGGCCGCAUCUUGCCUACACCUGAGCUGAAGUACCAUGUCUCCGGGAAUGAGAAAACGUGUGUGCCUACUGGCGGACGAUGGAACAUGAUCAAUAAGAAAUUGGUAAAUGGAGGAAAAGUCGAGAGAUGGGCUUGUUUAAAUUUUUCAAAAGUACCUGCUUCAACAGUUAAGAUAUUCUGUGAAAUGAUCAAGACGUGCAACUUCCUUGGAAUGGAUUUCAAAGAGUGGCCAUUGGUACCAUUAUGGUCUAUUAAUGAUCUGAACAUAGCUGCUGCAUUGAAGUCUAUUCACAGCACUGCAAAAGAACAACUCCAGCUAUUAAUUGUCAUUCUUCCGGAAGAAAGAGGCAACUAUGGAAAAAUUAAGCGUGUAUGUGAGACCAAGCUUGGACUGGUUUCUCAGUGCUGCUUACCAAAGAAUGUUAAAACAGAUACAAAUAUAAAAUACCUCGAGAAUAUUGCCCUUAAGAUAAAUGUCAAGGUUGGAGGGCAGAAUACAGUUCUUCAGCAAGCGUUUGUUCAUAAUGGAAUACCGUUCGUGUCAGACAUACCGACAAUCAUUUUUGGUGCUGAUGUUAGCCAUCCCCCACCAGGGAUGUACUCGUCAUCUAUUGCAGGAGUGGUUGGAUCAAUCGACUGGCCAGAAGUCACCACAUAUAGGCUAAUCUCUGCCCAACUUGAAAGGCAGGAGAUUAUAGGAGGUCUAUUUCAUUCUACUCGAGAUCCAAAAGGGUGCCUUAAACCUGAUGGCAUGAUCAGGGAACUGAUGAUGAACUUCUACCAGAGGAAUAGGCGUAAGCCUGAAAGGAUAAUCUUUUACAGAGAUGGAAUAAGCGAAAGUCAAUUCAGCCAGGUUAUCAUUCAUGAAGUAGAUGCCAUCAGGAAGGCAUGCCUCUCUCUACAAGAGGAUUAUCUGCCACCAAUCACAUUAGUGAUUGUCCAGAAAAGGCAUCACACCAGGAUUUUCCCUCACACACUUUGCAGUAAUUAUACUGAACAAGUUGCACAGAUUCCCUCUGGAACUGUGAUUGACCAAGACAUAUGCCAUCCUUCGGGUUUUGAUUUUUAUUUGUGUAGCCAUACUUCUCAGGGAAACAGUAGACCUACGCAUUAUACAGUUAUCUUCGAUGAAAAUCAUUUCACUGCUGACGGGCUUCAGUUGCUUACACACAACCUAUGUUACAUGUAUGCACGAUGCACCCGUGCUGUUUCUAUAGUUCCCCCACUAUACUAUGCUCAUCUUGCUGCAGCCCGAGGACGAAGCUAUCUCGGGAAGUUUGGCGAUGGAUCAAGCAUCAGGAAUGAAGUGUCUUCUGAGUUGCCUGAGUUUCUGAAGGUUCCAAAGAUUGCUGAUCGUGUCCUAGGCGUGAUGUUCUACUGUUAAAUGCUUGUGGACUGUGGUGACCUGUCUCCUAGGGUUGUACUCUCUCCUUUCCAUACUAUUAGACGUUUUGACCUCAACAUCUCUUGCUUAGAUUUACUAAUAUUCAUUCAUAUGAAUUUUGACUCAUAUA